AGUCCUGUCAUUGAUCGGUCUGAGUCUAAUAGCUUUGGGGACAGGAGGUAUCAAACCCUGCGUGGCAGCUUUUGGUGGAGACCAGUUUGAAGAAAAACAUGCAGAAGAGCGAACCAGAUACUUCUCAGUAUUCUAUCUCUCCAUCAAUGCAGGGAGCUUGAUUUCUACAUUUAUCACACCCAUGCUGAGAGGAGAUGUGCAGUGUUUUGGAGAAGACUGCUAUGCGCUGGCUUUUGGAGUUCCAGGAUUGCUCAUGAUGACAGCACUUGUUGUAUUUGCAAUGGGAAGCAAAAUGUACAAAAAACCACCUCCUGAAGGAAACAUAUUGGCUCAAGUUUUCAGAUGUAUCGGGUUUGCUAUUUCCAAUCGUUUCAAGAAUCGUUCUGGAGACAUUCCAAAGCGACAGCACUGGCUAGACUGGGCAGCUGAGAAAUACCCGAAGCAACUCAUUAUGGAUGUGAAGUCACUGACCAGGGUUCUGUUCCUUUAUAUCCCAUUGCCCAUGUUCUGGGCUCUUUUGGAUCAGCAGGGAUCACGAUGGACUUUGCAAGCCACCAGGAUGAAUGGGAAUUUGGGAUUUUUUGUGCUUCAGCCAGACCAGAUGCAGGUACUAAAUCCCCUUCUGGUUCUUCUCUUCAUCCCAUUGUUUGACCUUGUCAUUUAUCGUCUGGUCUCCAAGUGUGGAAUUAACUUCUCAUCGCUUAGGAAAAUGGCUGUUGGUAUGAUCCUAGCAUGCCUUGCAUUUGCAGUUGCAGCAGUUGUGGAGAUAAAAAUAAAUGCAUUGGCCCCGCCCCAGCCGGGUACUCAAGAAAUUUUCCUGCAAGUCUUUAAUCUGGCAAAUGAUGAGGUGAAGGUGACAGUGCUGGGAAAUGAAAACAAUACCCUGUUGGUGGAGUCCAUCAAAUCCUUCCAAAAAACACUACACUAUUCCGAACUGCACCUGAAAACGAAAAGCCAGGAUUUCUACUUCCAUCUGAAAUAUCAUAAUCUGUCCGUCUACACGAAGCAUUCUGUGGAGGAAAAGAACUGGUACAGUCUGAUCAUUCAUGAGGAUGGGAAAAGUAUCUCCAGCAUGAUGGUAAAGGACGUCGAAAGCAAAACAACCAAUGGGAUGACAGCCAUGAGGUUUGUUAAUACUUUGCAUAAAGAUGUCAACAUCUCCCUGGGUACAGAUAUCUCCCUCAAUGUUGGCGAAGACUAUGGUGUGUCUGCUUACAGAACUGUGCAAAGAGGAGAAUAUCCUGCUGUGCGUUGUAGAACAGAAGAUGGGGACUUUUCUCUGAAUUUGGGUCUACUAGACUUUGGAGCAGUAUAUCUGUUUGUUAUUAUCAAUAACACCGAUCAUGGUCUUCAGGCCUGGAAGAUGGAAGAUAUUUCAGCAAACAAAAUAUCCAUUGCAUGGCAGCUACCACAGUAUGCCCUGGUUACAGCUGGGGAGGUCAUGUUCUCUGUCACAGGACUUGAGUUUUCUUAUUCUCAGGCUCCCUCUAGCAUGAAAUCUGUACUCCAGGCAGCUUGGUUGUUGACAGUUGCAGUUGGGAAUAUCAUCGUGCUUGUUGUGGCGCAGUUCAGUAGCCUGGUACAGUGGGCUGAGUUCGUUUUGUUUUCCUGCCUCCUGCUGGUGGUCUGCCUGAUCUUCUCCAUCAUGGGCUACUACUAUGUGCCUGUAAAGCCAGAUGAUUUGAAGGGUCCAGCAUACAAGCAGACUCCUCACAUCCAAGGGAACACAAUCAACCUGGAGACCAGGAAGACGAGGCUCUGAUGAUUCCCUGGACUCUUAUCCCCAAUCCCUGACUUCGGUAUAAGCCGUCACCUUCAUGCAUUUUUUUUUCUUCUACUGGGUUAGGCAAAAGAGAGAUAGAUAGCAUUAUUUCUACGCUUUCUUCACCUUUCUUUCCUGAUAGAGGCCGUUUUAGAAAUGGGUUUUCCAGUACAUCAUUAAACAAAGCCCCCGAGAUUCCAUGUCUUCCUGUCUAUCAGUAAACUCAAUAAAUCUUGUGCAGUGUUGCUGAAGUUGGCCUGGAGUUUCCAAAUGGCCAUGAAAACACAAAUGUAUCAUUGAGAUCAAUCUCUGUGGGUAUGUAAAGUUAUGUGGUAGUUCCUAUACAGGUACUUACCAUUUAGAACUGAUCAUUCUACUUCCUGAGGUGCUGAUUUAUUAGCAAAGUUACAGAAUAACAAAGAAAUAGUAUUUUAAGGUUGUUGUUGUUGUUGUUUUUUAAUAUAAGCUAUUCACAAGGACCUGAAGGAUGGGUAUGUAUGGUAUGAUCUGAUUCAACCAGGGACUGACUUGUCAGCUAUCCAGAUGCGAAAAGACCUUAGUAAAUUUUUCAAUAUAGAUGGUAGGAGAGUGAAUGCCAUUUUAUUAACAUGCAGGAGAAG